AUGGUUGUUCUGUUUUUUCUUGUACUAGCACCAAACCUGGUUUUUGGUAUGUGUCCUGAACCAGAUCCGGUCAUAAAUUCUUACAGGUAUAAAGAUGAUAAUUUUCUUGAAGAAGGAAGCUGGUUGAAUUAUACAUGUUAUAUGAAUUAUGUUCUUUAUAGUGGUGAUCUUGACAGACAGUGUUCUAAUGGGAACUUUACAGGACAACCACCUGUAUGUGUUUGCCCUUUACCUUCCAUUUUAACUGAGUCGUCAAUUUCAAAGAUUGCCAUGUUAUCUGAUUCAGGAUUGUCUGAUUAUGUUGUUCAUGGUGCAUGA